GAGCCGGUCGGUCGUGGUUUUUUUUUGUUGGUGCAGCUCCAAAUUUUUCCCCGGGGGUUUGUUGUUUUUCCCUGUGUGGUGAAGUGCUACGCGAAAAGUGUUCUAAAUUUGCAGUAAAAUGGAUUAGGUGUUACACCAAAUUGUGUGCAAAAAGCAAAAAAAAACUACUCAACUUUGGAAUAAUUCAGUGAAAUAAGUGAAACAGCGUCGAUUCCGCUUGCGGGCCUCACUAAUCAUACGGUGGUGUGGCCGCCGCCGCAGCUAGUGGCAUCGAUACCGGUUCGUGGGGUUCUCCGCUCUACACGGGAGAAUAACUGGGAGAUAAAAGAAAACAACAGUUCCAGAGCAGCACGGUGGUGUGCAGUUGGAUAUUGGCCGCGGGUCGCGAUCGCAAUUUCGAACCAACUUUUUUCGUCGAAUUGGAUAGAAAGAUAGCGAUUGCUGGCCAAAACUCGGGAGUCGUUCGGAGCGACGGCCACCACCAGAACGUGGCCGGACUUUGCCAAGGAAAAUUGUAACGUUGUAGGAGUAGCAAGAACAAGCCGCCACCAUGUGGGACUCCCAGCUGGUGUGGGCUCGGGACUCCCAGGCCGGCUACAUCCAGGGCCGGAUCACGGAGAUGGGCGCGCACGAGUACGAGGUGCAGCCGGAGGACAACAAGCACCCGAAGCGGAACUGCAUCCCGGAGGAUAUCUUUCCGUCGUGCGAGGCGGUGUCGGACCACGAUGAUAACUGUGAAUUAAUGUUCCUAAACGAGGCUACCCUGCUAGACAAUAUCAAGAACCGAUAUUACAAAGACAAAAUUUACACGUACGUGGCCAACAUCCUGAUCGCGGUCAACCCGUACAAGGAGAUUCGCGACCUGUACGCCAAGACCACCAUCAAGCGGUACAAUGGCAAGUCGCUGGGUGAGCUGCCGCCGCACGUGUACGCCAUCGCGGACAAGGCGAUCCGGGACAUGCGCGUGCUGAAGCUGUCCCAGUCGAUCAUCGUGUCGGGCGAGUCGGGCGCCGGUAAGACCGAGAGUACCAAGUAUUUGCUGCGGUAUUUGUGCGAUGCGGCUUCGGCGGCUGGGCCGAUCGAGACGAAGAUUCUGGACGCGAAUCCGAUUCUGGAGGCGUUUGGCAAUGCGAAGACGACGCGGAACAAUAACAGCUCGCGGUUUGGAAAGUUUAUCGAGGUGCAUUACGACGGGAAGUGCCAGGUUGUGGGAGGUCACAUUUCGCACUACCUGCUGGAGAAGAGUCGGAUAUGUACGCAGAGUCCGGAGGAGCGGAACUACCACGUGUUCUACCUGCUUUGUGCUGGAGCUCCGCAGCAGUUGAGGGAUAAGCUGUUGAUUGGAAAGCCGGAUGACUACCGGUACCUGUCCGGAUGUACGCAGUACUUCUCUUCAGCGGAGACCGACCGGAAGAUUCCGAACUCGCAAAAGUCCAAGAACCACAUGGCGAAGGGUUCGCUGAAGGAUCCCAUCCUGGACGAUUACAACGACUUCCAAGACCUGGACCAGGCCCUCACCCGGUUGGGCUUGUCCGAGGGACAAAAGUUUGAAAUCUACGGACUCGUAGCCGCCGUCCUCCACCUCGGCAACGUCAGCUUCGAGGACAACCCGGAAGACGCCAAGGGUGGAUGCCGCGUGGCGACCAGCUCCGAACGAGCCAUCACCAUCACGGCCAAGCUAAUUGGACUGGACCCGUCCGAGCUGAGGCAGGCCCUGGUGUCCAGGGUGAUGCAGAGCAAGGGCGGUGGCAUCAAGGGAACCGUUAUCAUGGUCCCACUCAAGGUGUACGAAGCGAACAACGCCCGGGACGCGCUGGCCAAGGCGCUGUACUCGCGACUCUUUGACCACAUCGUGUCGCUCAUCAACGCGAACAUUCCGUUCCAGGCGUCGAGCUACUACAUUGGCGUGCUGGAUAUUGCUGGGUUUGAAUACUUCACCGUGAACUCGUUCGAGCAGUUCUGCAUCAACUACUGCAACGAGAAGCUGCAAAAGUUCUUCAACGACAACAUUUUGGCCGCCGAGCAGGACCUGUACAAGCGGGAAGGGCUGAACGUGCCGGAGAUCAAGUUUACCGACAACCAGGACAUUAUUGAACUAAUUGAGUCCAAAUCCAGCGGCAUCUUCAACCUGCUCGACGAGGAGUCCAAGCUUCCGAAGCCGUCGUACGCCCACUUUACCUCGGAGGUCCACUCGGCCUGGCAGGGUCACUACCGGCUGUCGUUGCCGCGCGCUUCCCGCCUGAAGGCACAUCGCGUCCUGCGCGACGACGAGGGCUUCCUGGUGCGGCACUUUGCCGGUGCCGUUUGCUACAAUACGAACCAAUUCAUCGAGAAGAACAACGACGCGCUGCACGCUUCGCUGGAGGGACUCGUCCAGGAGUCGGAGAACCCGCUGCUGAAGCGACUGUUUGCGAGCGGAAAGGUUGGCGCCACCAAGGGCAAGCUGGCCUUCAUCUCGGUCGGGUCCAAGUUCAAGACGCAGCUGGGCGAGCUGAUGGACAAGCUGGAGAAGAACGGCACAAACUUUAUCCGCUGUAUCAAGCCGAACAGCCGCAUGAUCGAUCACGAGUUCGAGGGAGGACUGGCGCUGGCCCAGCUCAAGUGUUCCGGCACGACGUCGGUGCUCGAGCUGAUGGAGUACGGCUACCCGUCGCGCGUUCCGUUCAACGAGCUGUACAACAUGUACAAGAGCUUCCUGCCGCCGGAGCUGGCCCGGCUCAACCCGCGGACGUUCUGCGAAGCGAUGCUGCACUCGCUCAAGCUCAACAACAAAGAUUUCAAGUUUGGCAUCACCAAAGUCUUCUUCCGGCCGGGCAAGUUUGUCGAGUUUGAUCGCAUCAUGAAGAGCGACCCGGAGAACCUGAAGGCGAUCGUGGCCAACGUCAAGAAGUGGCUGGUGCGCUCGCGCUGGAUCAAGUCGGUGUUUUGUGCAAUUUGCGUGAUCAAGUUGAAAAACCGCAUCAUCUACCGCAACAAGUGCGUCCUACUGGCCCAGAAGACGAUCCGGGGCUACCUGGCCCGGAAGCGCCACCAGCCGCGCAUCAAGGGCAUCGUGAAGAUCAACGCGAUCAAGACGAACCUGGGCAAGAUGCAGGAGGUCGCCACGCAGCUGAAAACCGAACGCGACAGUAUGCUGCGGCAGGUCGCCGACAUCCAGCGCGCCAUCGAGGACGCCGUCGGUAGGAUCAAGGGCAACGCGCGCAUUACCCCGGCCGAGAUUGACGCGCUGUACGCGGGCGUCAUGUCGAAGAUUGACGCCCAGAUGAAGACGAUCCACGUGAAGCUGCAGGAGCAGCGGAACGCUGAGGAGCAGGAGCGGCUGCGGAAGAUUCAGGCCGCGCUCGAGGCGGAACGGCGCAUCAAGGAGGAGGAGGAGCGGCGGUUGCGCGAGGAGGAGGAGAACCGGAGGAAGAAAGCCGAGAUGGAAGCUAGACGCAAAGAGGAGGAGGCACGCCGUCUGAGACAGGAAGAGGAAGACCGGAAGGCGGCUCUUGCUCUGCAGGCCCAGCUGGAAAAGGAAGCCCAAGAGGACAUCAAGUACCGCCAGCAGCUGGAGCAGGAACGGCGCGACCACGAGCUGGCCCUCCGAUUGGCCCAGGAAUCCAACGGCCAGGUCGAGGACAGCCCACCGUUGCUGAGAAACGGUACGCCAGAAGUUACACCUUUGGGUAAUCCAAAUCGAUUGAUCAGAUCUGAAGCGAUCCGCGCCCAGCAGCAGCUGAUCGAGAAGCAAAAGCACGACCUCAGCAAGUGGAAGUACUCGGAGCUGCGCGACGCCAUCAACACCAGCUGCGACAUUGAGCUGCUGGAGGCGUGCCGGCACGAGUUCCACCGCCGCCUCAAGGUGUACCACGCGUGGAAGGCAAAGAACCGCAAGCGCACCACGAUGGACGAGAACGAGCGGGCGCCGCGCAGCGUCAUGGAAGCUGCGGCACGCGCGCCGCCCCGGCUGCCCCAGAAGCAGGACCUGACGAACGGGUCGGUGCACCGGUACUUCCGGAUUCCGUUCGUGCGGCCGAGCAACAAUCCGGAGGACGCGAACAAGCGCGGCUGGUGGUACGCGCACUUUGACGGGCAGUACGUGGCCCGCCAGAUGGAGCUGCACGCGGACAAGCCGCCGAUCCUGCUGGUGGCCGGCGUCGACGACAUGCAGAUGUGCGAGCUGAGCCUGGAGGAGACGGGACUGACGCGGAAGCGCGGCGCGGAGAUUCUCGAGCACGAGUUUAACCGCGAGUGGGAGCGGAACGGCGGAAAGCCGUACAAGAAAGCGGGCAAGUAGUCCCUUUAAGAGUUUUUUCCAAGUAAGUAUUUUUUUCGCGAAGGUGAAGUUGAAGAAGAAGAAGAAGUCCGGAAGAUGAUUUUCGAGUGUCUUGCUUUUUGGUGCCUUUUUUCAAAAAUCUGAAAAUUCAACAAAAUUGACCAAAACUUAUAUUUUUUUAAAAUACAUUCCGGGUGCGUUUGACACAUUCAAAAUAACAAAAAAAUCGGUAAUUCCAGUGUUCGCGAGAAUUCCACUUUAUUUCAUGCAAUAUAUUUUCCGUAUUAUGAAACCGCAGAGUUAAGAAACACUAGCAAAUAGUCAGCUUUUUAUUGUAGUUUGAACACGACUGUUUUAAUUUAUGCUUAAAGACAAUUUGUAUUAGCAGCGCAAGUUCGUGAUUGAGGAUUUAAAUUCUUUUAGUUGUUUGAAAACAAAAAUUAAACAAUAAAAAAACAUUAUUUUACAGCAAGCAUUAAAAAUAAUAAAUGGUGUGUAGUGAAGGAAAGAUUUAGCGCGACGUUUCCGCCCUUUUCCCAAACUAAAUAUAUAUUUAUUAGACAAACAAAAUUUCGUAAAGAUUGCCGUCUAGCAAACAAGAGAAUUUAAAAACAACCUAUAAUCGUUCAAUAUAAUAUCUGUUGGUGUCUGAGACCAUUUAAAGAAAGCAAACAAACAAGUUUAAAAAUGUUUAAAAAGAGACUUUUCUAACAUAUUGUAGCUAAAAUAAUUAAAACAAAUAAAACUAUUUUGGCGAGAAUCAAAACCAAGACUCAACAACUCGAGAGUGCUAACGUUCUAUCCGUAACACUAUAGCAAGGUUCUUUAUUUUUACUUGUGUGCAGAAAAUAAGAAAGAGCUAGUUUCUAAAACUAGGCAGAUUAAUUUAAUAUAAUGCAAAAAAAAAAUACUACACACGAAGGAAGAGAUCAUUUAUGGAAUAAAGUGCUGAUGGUUUUAUGAUGAAAUAAA